AUGAAUUCAUUCCGAAGAGUAGUAACGAAAACUAAAACUAGCAUCUUUUUACAUAAGGAGAGCAUUGAUAAUGUAUUAAGAGAGCAAUUAGCUGCAUUAAGAUUGCUUUAACCAAAAACUCAAGUACUAAAAAUUAGUAAUGAAGAUCGUUGAUCAAAAACUAGAACAACGUAAAUAAGAACUUUUAUAUGAAAUGAGUUAAGAGAAUUAAUAGAAUAAUGAUGAUAUAGAUAUAGCAGGAUAUUAGAAGAUCUUAGCUGAAUUAACUUACAUUAAUAAUAAAAAAAGAACAUAAAUACAAGAGGAUUUUAAAAUAAAUAAUGAAUAAACAUUUGUUAUUCCAGAGUUUGAGUUAUAAAAUGAUAUUGAUAAGGAAAUUGAUUGCAAUUAGAAUUUAUAAAAACGAAAUGAUUAGAUUGAGCAUUCAGUGAGAAUUAUUCAAAAAUAAAAUACUUUAAUGAAAGAGUAAAUUGAACUAUACACUUAAAAUGAACCAAAAAUUCAUUUAAAAGAGAUUGAAAACAAAUAAUAAUUGUAACUUUUUGUUCAUUAUAUUGGAACAAUUAAAAAAGCAAUGAAAUUAGAAAAAGAAUGGUAGACUCAAAAAAUUGAAAAAUUAAAAUAUUAAGCAGAAAAAUCUUCAGCAGUUACAGAACAAAAAUUAAAAGAAUUACUUGAAUAAGAAGAUUAAGAGAUGUCAUUAUUACUUAAAUAUGAAUAGACAAGUGAUCUUAUUAAAAAAACAGAUGAUGAAAUUAAAACCAAGUUUCAUAAAAUUGAAGAAUGCGCUGAAUUUUUAGAAGAAUUUGAUGAUAUUGAUAAAUUAAGAUUAAUUUUUGUACUAGAAAAUCCAAAUGAUUUUGAACUAGAUGAAAUUCUGUAACAUGUUCGAUGGCAAUUAAGAUAACCAUUUUCAAGAUUACAAUUAGCUUCAUCUUUAUAAGAAUAUAUAGAUAGGGCAAGAUUUAGUGGUGUAUCAUCAAGAAUGAAGAUAUUUUUUAAAUUUCAUGAUAAUGAUUUGAACUCUUCAAUAAAUUAAUUGAUUUAAGUUUAUAGAAAAUUAUAAUUUUAAGAUGGUACAUUAAGAAAUAGAUAUGAAGAUUUAUUACUAUAAAAAGGUUAGUUAAUAAAUCAUUUAUUAUUCUUAAAUUAAUUGUAAUUUUAUGAAUUAGAUGAACCUGAGUCUGUUGCUCCAUAAAUAGAUGAAUAAUAGCAUGAAAUGGCUUAAUAUCUAACAAAUAUUCAGAUAAGACAUUUAUCUAAUAAUAAAUAUUUUUUUGUUAGAAUUUUUACUAUGCUUACAACUGUUCUCUCUAGAAUAUUAAAUUCAUUGUACAACAUAAAAGAGAUUUUAAAAUCAUGUAAUUCAGAUAUGUUUGGACAUGAGUAAAUGAUUAUUAUUAAUAAUUAGGUUUUACUUAAAAUGGACAUACAAUAAAAUGUUUAUCUAAUUAUCUUAAGUAAUGUAAUAAUUAGAAAGAUAAUAUAAAAUAAAAUUAAUAGCAAAAGAUCCAAGUAUUAGAAAUUCAAAUUAAUUUUUAAAUGCUAUUUAUGAUCAUAUAGAAGAAAAAGCUUUACGUGAAAAAACAAUGGUACAACCUUAACAAAAAUAAUCAAUAGAUUAAAUAUUACCACAACUUAGUGCAUAAUCUAGAGAAAAAGUAUCGUAAUUAAUCAGUUAAGAUAUUUUCUUAUAAUAAUUUUUUAGUUUAUAAGAUCUUGCUUUGUUAAUAAAAAAUUAUCCUGUUAAUUUAAAUGAAUCUUAAGUGAUUAAGAUAAUAUAAAUAGAAGGAUAUGAUAUGGCACAUUGUGAAUUAAGAUCUGCUACAUAACAUUUAUUUCGAGUAAUACAGGAUAUAAUAAUUGAGUGUAGAACUGUAAAAGAAUCUAGUGUUUAAGCAAAGAGUUUAGCUAAAAAGUAUCACAUUUAAGAAAUUAUUGAUAAACAUAUGUCAUAAUAUGAAUAUAAAUUUAAAGAAUGGAAAAAGGAAGUGUUAGAAAACAAAAUAAAAUAGAUUGAACAUUAAUUUGAAGAAAUAUCAGAAGCUCCAACAACUCCAGAAAUGAAACUGAAAUCAAGUAUAACUACAAAUAGUACUCAUGUUACAUCUUAAGCAUCAAAAUAAAUAUUCAAUAGUCAAAUGACAAAAGAAUCUAGUACAUUGACUCCAACUUCAAAUAAUCUACGAAGAUAUCUAAAUACAGUGGAAAUGCAAAUUCCAAGUAAAAAAACAAAUAUUCCUAAUUAACCUAUUUUUGGUCAUUUACAUCACAUGAGUAGAAAAAUAAAAAAUGAAAAAAUAUCUACAUAAACUCAUUUAAGAACUUUUACUCUUUAAAGUAUUGAUUCAACAAAGUAACCAAGUUAAUAAACUAUUCCACUUAAAUUACUUCCUUCAAUACCAAUAUAAAACUAUUCAUAGAAUCUUCUAAAAUAACCAACUAAUAGAAUUAUUUGUAGGUAAAACAGAAAAAGUCAAGCUGUAAAAUCUGAACCUUCUGUUAAAUUAGAAGUAAAAUAAAUGUAAAACUUUUCAGAUAUCUAUGAAAAUUCUAAUAAAAAAUUAUGUGAUUUUUUUAGAAAUACUAGUAUGAAAAUUAAAUGA